UUCCACAACAUGGAAUAUACAACAAAUCGAACAUCUUGAGAAAUUCUAUCAACAUCCCACAACAAGCAUAUUGCUUGAUUAAUGAUUCCGCUCCGCUCCUCCCCCGUCUCUCUCUGAUUGGCUGGUCUCGUGGACCCCGAAGAAACCCCGUGCUCAUCGCUCGUGCCGCAACCUCGCUCAAGGAAAACCGCCGACCUCACAAAAACAUCUAUAUCACCACCGCAACCUUCCAUCCCACCUCGCUCCGAACCCGCACACGCCAUCACCUCACGGCACCAUGGCGAAGAAAGCGAAGUCCCGCACCAUCAUGGUGCGACUUAUUUCCAUGGCCAUGACGGGGUACUUCCGGACGUUGAUGCGACCGCGUCAGCAUCGCCCGCUCAGCAUGAUGAAAUACGAUCCUAUCGUGCGGAAACAAGUCCUGUUCCUGGAGCAGAAGCGCGGAAAGAAAUAGUUGAUCGGUCGGUGUUGCAAAAGUUACACGGAACAAUAUGAGCGAUCGGUUGAGAGUACACGCUUCCUCAAACUCGCGUAUGCGGAUAUGGAUAUGGAAGUCGGAUAUCGGAUUCGAAAUGCUCAAUGGGCUCCUAAGAAGCAGCGGGAGGUACGCCAGGAUGGACCAGCUUAUUCUGCCUGUGUCUGACUGGCUAGACGAAAAGCAUCAUACACAAAAGACAACGAGGUUCCAUCCCCUCUCAGAUGAUGUAUAACAGCAUUUAUUGUAUCAUAGCUGUGUAUCACUUUUUGUUUUGGAGGUCGGCAUUAACAGGCGUUGGUAUCAAUUGAUAGAUCACUUCCUACGGGGGAAGAACAAAGAUCAGUAAUCAUCUCUCGUGAUUCGAUGUGGUUUCAGUGACUCUCUGGUCGCUCGAAGGGAGAAUUGUUCACUGCGGUUUCGUGGAGAUACUCAUGUGCUUUGCUUGUUUCAACCUUUUAAAACUUUUUAUUCAUUGAUUCCUUGUAUGUUCUUGUAGGGUGGUGAACUCCACCACGUUUGGUCCCAUUGAACCAUUCCACAUCUCGAUGUGGGAGAAAAGUCAACAUCCUCCACCAUACCCCAUCUGUCAAUGAUGUCAACUCCCAGUGCUGUAUAUCCUGGCUGCACAACGACAAGCCAGAUACAGAAACCAUCCUCGACAACUCGAACAAGCACCCUCCCACUCUUUCUCUCUCCCACCACACAACCGCAAUUUCCGACCUCAACAACCACUCCAUCCAUCUCGAACCGCUUUCUAAACACAAUCCAUCAUCCACCGAACCCCCAUUCGAACUCAUAUUUUUCAACUCCGUAGUAACUUUCCCUUUUCUUC